UACCUUGCCCACUGCUUUCCUCAGGUGUUAUGUGCGUUUAAGUGGCAAUCUUAGAGAGACACUGUCGUGAGACACACUGUCUGUUAUGUGACAAGUCCGUCAGGUUCUUUAAAAGAAAUAAAAAACAAAUAAACAAACGCAAGAUUCAAAUUGCAAAGCGAUUUACAGUAGUAUCGCACCAGCACUCUGCGGAAGGCACCUGAGCUGCACGUGGAAUCAGAGAAGUGCGACAUGGAACAUCCUUGGAGCAUACUUUAAAAAGGGACUUUUCUUACGAAGCAAGUUUAACGGGAGUGAAGAACAUUGACAGUGUGAAGAACUGGAUACGUACUGAAAUGUUGCGCGCUUGGGUUAUUUUCCUUUUACUGGUUGUCUUGUUCAGCAGGAAUUUCGAUACUGCUAAAGCGGAAAACGACUGUACAUGCACAGGUAAAUCCCGUUGUCACUGUGAAGGAAUCAAGGGAAGCAUGGGAGAGAAAGGAUUUCCUGGUCUGGUUGGUGUGCCUGGUCAAGUUGGCUUUCUUGGUAAAGAAGGUCUACCAGGGCCAGUGGGCACUAAGGGAGAUCCUGGAUUCACUGGAGCACCAGGACUAAAAGGUUCAAGGGGUCCAACUGGUCCACCUGGCAUUUUAGGUCUUCCAGGGAUUCCAGGUAUUCCUGGAACAGAUGGUCCUGUUGGCCCUAGGGGAAUUCCUGGAUGUGAUGGAGUGAAGGGUGAAGAAGGCUACCCAGGAUUACCAGGAAAACCUGGCUGCCCAGGUGAACCAGGUCUUAAUGGCAUUCCUGGUAUGAAGGGUGAAUCUCCUGCUACAGUAAGGAUCUGUCAGCCGCAGCCAGGUGAUAGUGGAGUGCCAGGACUGAUGGGGACUAAGGGUCAACCAGGAACUUGGGGACAGCCUGGUCCUACUGGUGACCCUGGACCACAAGGUUUUCCUGGUCCACAAGGGAGUCCUGGUUUUCCUGGACCAAAGGGAAUUGAGGGAAUAAGCCACAGAGAUCCAGGCCCCCCAGGACCAAAGGGUGACAGGGGGAUUCCAGGUAUACCAGGUGAAAGAGGAGUGAAGCUCUUUGCAUCUUCACCUGGACUUUGUCAGGGAGAUCAAGGUGAUAAAGGGGAUAAAGGCUUUCCAGGUCCUCCUGGUGUCAUUCCACCAUAUUACAAGGGUGUGGCAGGAGAUCAGGGAGAACCUGGAGGAGAGGGAAAACCUGGAAAAGAUGGCAUACCUGGUGAACAAGGAAUUCAGGGAGACAAAGGACAACCCGGUGACACUGGACCUCCAGGAAUUCCUGCAUCCAAAGGGCUAAAAGGAGAUACCGGUUUAGUGGGACCUCCAGGCCGUAAAAUAAUGUUGGACAGCAAAGUUAAAGGAAAGCAGGGACCACCAGGCCAGCAGGGAUCUUCAGGGCAGCCUGGUCGGCCAGGUCUCAAAGGAAUGCCAGGUCCACCUGGAAAAGCAGGAAAUAGUAUUAUAGGUUCCCCAGGACUUCCUGGACCUCCAGGAUUCAGAGGCCCAAAAGGAGAUACCGGUGACCCAGGAAUCACCCUCUAUGGUAUACCAGGAAAAACUGGCCCCACAGGACUACCAGGAUCUCAAGGCCCACGUGGUCCUCCUGGGCCCCCAGGUCCAAUUAAGGAGAUCGAAGGACCCCCUGGAUUUCCUGGCAUUGAAGGCAUAAUUGGUUUACCUGGAAUGAAAGGAUUCUCUGGACCAAGAGGAGACAAAGGAGAAAAUAAACAAUGUGUACCAAAGAAAGGUGCUAUUGGACCUCCUGGCGUGCGAGGAAAUUCCGGAUCUGAAGGACCUUUAGGACCAAAAGGGUUUAAAGGGCCAGAAGGAACACCAGGACCUCCUGGACCACGUGGUCAACCUGGUUUUCCAGGGAGAGAAGGCCUUCAAGGAUCCAGGGGAGAGUCACCAUACAUGGAUCAAAAGGGGAGCAAAGGAGAGAAAGGCAAUAAUGGAUUCCUUGGAAACCCAGGAAGGAAAGGAUCUGAUGGGAAAGAUGGACGUCCAGGACCUCCAGGUCCAUCAGGAGAAAAAGGAGAAAGAGGACCUAUGGGAUGUAUAGGUGACCUAGGUGCGCCUGGGAACCCUGGCUUCAGUGGACCUCCUGGGCAAGUGGGAGUUCGUGGACUGGUAGGAUAUGGCCUUCCUGGGCCUGAUGGAAGCAAAGGAAAUCAAGGUGUACCUGGGCUACCUGGGAUUCCCGGAGCAGUAGGUGAAAAAGGAACAAAAGGAUACAUGGUAUAUGUUCCUGGAAUUGCUGGAAGUGAGGGUGAACCAGGCUUACCAGGAGAGAGGGGUUUACAAGGAAAACCUGGUGUGGAUGGACUGCCAGGAUCAUUUGGAAGCAUUGGUAGUAAAGGUGAAAGGGGUAUCAGUUCUUUAGGAUUCCCCGGCCCUGUUGGUCUCAAAGGUGACAAAGGAGUUAUGGGGCCAGUGGGACCUAAUUCUGCACCAGGACUACCAGGCAGACCUGGACCAAAUGGUACUCCUGGAUCACCUGGACCAAAGGGUAAUAUAGGAUAUGGAAAUCCUGGCAUUGAGGGUCGACCAGGUCCCCCAGGGGAAAUAGGGAAUAUGGGACCAUGUGGUAAUCCUGGAUUUCAAGGACCCCCAGGAAAAACUGGGGAGCCAGGAGCAAAUGGUGAUCCAGGACAAAAGGGAGAUAUAGGUCCUUCUGGUCUUUCUGGUCCUCAAGGUUGUCCUGGAAAUUGUGAACCGGGUGCUGCUGGUAUUGCUGGUUUUCCAGGGGUAAAGGGAUCCAUUGGCUUAAAAGGUGGUACAGGACUGAACGGACAGAAAGGAGAGAGUGGUAACCCUGGUAUAGAUAUCAUUGGACUUCCUGGGGUAAUUGGGGAUCGUGGCUCAGAAGGACAGCCUGGACAGUCUGGAGCAGUUGGAUUUAAAGGCUUGAAAGGAUUUGCCGGGCUUCAGGGAGCACCAGGUGAAAGAGGUGAACAAGGCAUGAUGGGGUUACCGGGAUCUGUAGGACCACCUGGUCCACCAGGAAUUCCUGGACUUUCUGGACCACAAGGUCUUGUGGCCUCUGAUGGAAGCAAAGGAGAUAAAGGCAGUAAAGGACAAAAAGGAGAAAAGGGAAGACAAGGACCAGUUGGACUGAAAAUAGAUGCGCAUAUUAAAGGUGUCAAAGGCAGUUCUGGAUUGUCAGGUUGCCAUGGGUCUGGGGGAGAGAAAGGAGACAGAGGAUAUCCAGGUAAACCAGGAGCUAGAGGAGCUAAAGGAACACCUGGAAAGGAAGGUCCACAAGGUCCACUAGGAGAUCCGGGAUUACCAGGAAAUACAGGAGUUCCUGGAUUUCCAGGAGAACCAGGCAGCUCUGGAGAAAUGGGAAUUCCAGGCUAUAAAGGAGAGAAGGGAGAGGCAGGAAGUAUUGGUGCUCCAGGCCAUGCAGGUUUACAAGGCAUAACUGGCACUAAAGGAGAUAAGGGAGAGCAAGGACCACAUGGUUGCAGCAUCCCUGGACCUCCAGGGUUGAAGGGUAACAGAGGAAUCCCAGGAAUAGAGGGGGCAAUAGGAGAUAGAGGGUCCCCAGGACAAUCCGGUAUUCCAGGACUUCCUGGCCUUCCUGGGCUGAGAGGAGAAGAUGGAAUUCCAGGAAGACCAGGAGUACCAGGUGAACCAGGUCCAAAAGGCAAUGACGGACUAACAGGACCCCCUGGACCUCCUGGCCCUAAUGGUCUUAGAGGAAUCCCAGGAGAACCUGCAAUGCCAGGUGCCCGUGGAGAAAAGGGAACCCAAGGAACUGAUGGCUUUCCGGGCAGAAUUGGGGAAAAAGGAGAACCAGGUUUACCAGGUCGACUCCCUGGAGAUCUAGGUGCUCCUGGCUUAAAAGGUAUAAAAGGUGAUUUAGGACCACCUGGUUCAUGUGGUGUACCGGGCCAUCCUGGACCCAUUGGUGAUAGAGGUCCUACUGGAAUACAAGGAAUUGUGGGAGAACCUGGUCCACCUGGUAGGCCUGGAAUGCAAAUCGAAGGGCAGAAGGGUGAUAUUGGCCUGCCUGGACUUCCUGGAGUAAAUGGAUUACGUGGACCUGAAGGACCACCAGGAAAGGUGGAGCCAUCCAUUAAAGGAAACAAAGGCAACAAAGGUGCCGAAGGGGCAAGAGGUUUGCAAGGCAUGAUGGGAGACACAGGUCCUGCUGGCCACCCUGGGCUUCCUGGUCUACCCGGCAGUAAAGGAGAAAAUGGAGAGCCUGGUGAACCAGGAUUUCCAGGAGAAGCAGGAAUGAAGGGUGACAGUGGCCGCCCAGGGUUUAGGGGCUCCCAAGGAAUGAAAGGACUCAAAGGGAUACAAGGGCCCCCCGGAAAAGACACCUAUGUGGAGUGUAAAUCAGAACCUGGUGAUAUUGGACUUCCUGGUGUUCAAGGAAUUCUAGGAAUAAUGGGUUUACAAGGAACCCCAGGACUAAAUGGUCCAAAAGGAUUACCAGGCCCAAAAGGUGUUCCAGGAAGGGUUGGACCACCAGGGUUCAUAGGGCAUCCAGGACCAAAAGGAAACAGAGGCAUCCUAGGAGUGAAAGGUCCCCCUGGUUUGAUUGGACUUACCGGCCUGCGUGGACAAGAUGGACCUCCAGGCUUAUCUCUACCCAGUGGACAAAUGCAGGGGUUCAUCUUUACUCGCCAUAGCCAAACAAGAGACAUUCCUUUAUGCCCAGUUGGGACCCAGCAGAUUCUCAUUGGGUAUUCACUGCUUUACAUAAAAGGCAAUGACAGGGCACACGGACAAGACCUAGGAAGUCUUGGAAGCUGCCUACCAAGGUUUUCAACAAUGCCCUUUUUGCUAUGCACCCCUGACAACAUAUGUAACUAUGCAUCAAGGAAUGACUAUUCAUAUUGGCUUUCUACUGAAGAGCCAAUGCCAGCAAGUAUGACUGCAGUUUCAGGGGCACCUUUACAGCCAUAUAUUGGCAGAUGUGUAGUAUGUGAAGGUACUGCAAAUAUCAUCACAGUUCACAGUCAAACAACACAACUGCCAAAUUGUCCUGUCGGCUGGAGUUCACUAUGGCUUGGUUACUCAUUUAUAAUGCACAGGGGUGCAGGAGCUGAAGGUUCUGGUCAGGCACUGGCUUCACCAGGUUCCUGUCUAGAGGAAUUCCGCCACACACCAUUUAUUGAGUGCCAUACAAAGGGAACAUGCAAUAAUUUUGCAGACUCUUAUAGCUAUUGGCUAGCAGCAUUAAAUUCAUCGGAUAUUUUCAGAAAACCACAAUCAAAAACAUUAAAAACAGGUGCACUAGAAAACAUCAUUAGUCGCUGUCGGGUUUGUAUGAAACAAUAAAGCCUGACACUAUAGAAGAAAAUUUUUGGUGCUUUUACCAGUGAGCCGAAAGACUAAUAUUCAGGAUCUCUGGAAAAACAUGGGUAUAAAUAAACUAUGAAGGCAAUAAAAAAAGCACUGGUUUAAAGGUGCAUGAGACUUAAUUCAUGAAGAUGACUCUUUUUAAAUAAUGUCAUGCUGCAUUGAUUAUUUCUGACAAAGUGGUGCUGAUGACAGAUCGGUUAUGGUUCGUAAUUAAUCUGUGGUAAACCUUUAAUUAGUCAAUGAUGACUUGCCGUUCAUCUAAAGAAAAGGUGUCUGUACAAUUUCUCGAAAGCUCAAGAUUUUUUUCUCCUUUGAUGUUGCUUUGCACCAAUGCAAAUCCUGCUUCUCUUUGAUUUUGGAGGAUGAACAGUCUUAUGGCUUCCCUCACUUUCCCUCACUUAAAGCUCUUAGGCAUGUUAUCAGUUCCCUCAUAUUUUCAAUUGAAGCCUUAAAUCACGGAGCAUCAAGUAAAUCACUGCUAGCUUGUAUAAUCAUCAAAUAGAAUAGAAAGAAAAAAAGGAGUCCAUCAGUCAAGAAAACAGUGACUGAUUUAAAGCCUGAGGCAAUGCAUUGUUUACUUCAGUGAAAUAUCUGUGUUGAAUGAAGCACAAAGGAUCUUAAGACCUUUAUUUGAAUCCACGGUUUAUUGCAAUUGUGAAUCUGAAAUCUUUGCAAUUCGCACUGAUAUCCAGUUUAAUUAUACCAAGGACAUUAUGUAGCUUUCAUUUGGAGCUGAGCAGAGCCUGUGGAUACAUUUGACUCUGCAAGUUCUUCAAAAAAAAGAAAAAGUGCUGGCUUAAAUGUGACCUUUCCAUUUAUGAUGUGCCCCAAGUCUGACAAAACUAAAUUCUUUCUUAUUGUAGUUUUUUGAGCUCCUGCCUCUGAUGUUGUGGAAAAGGUAUUUUGUAAUUUACAGAAACAACAUUUGUGGUAGAUUUUGAUAGAUUUCUAAUUUACACCUGUCACUUUAUUCUUACAGUUUGAAAAAUUGUGGUUAAUUUGUGUUGUAUUAAUGAAAACCCUGUUUAGAUGUAUUUAUUGGUUGAAUAUGCAUAUUAAUCACUGUGUCACAAUACACAUUACACAUAAAUUUCAUAACUGCAGUCUGACUAUUGCACCGUGUGCUUUGCUGUUUUUUUAAUGAAUCAUCAGUAGUUGCUAAGGGAAUGAGAGCAGCUUCUGAACUGUUUUUCAUUUUAUAUGUGCGAUUUUACUAUAAUAAUUUUUAUUUUCAUUAAUAUAUAUUAUUAUUUUCAAUUUUCUUUGAAACCCAUCUGCAUGGAUGUAAUUAGCCUAAUCACAUUUAGGAUGCUGAAAACUGUACAGUACUUUAUAUGAUGUCACAAACAGAACAUCUUACUGUAUUAAUGAAACGUCAUAAUCAGGCAAAUAACUGAAUGUAUUUAUGAUGUUUAACUAUUAGCAAUUCGUGUUUCGUACCCUUUUAGAAAAUCCACCUAUUUCAAGAUACAAAAAUGUCAUUCAACAGAUGCAUUCCUCAGUUUAAUAUGAUCUACUUGAUAAGGUGCCACUGGUUCUUGCAUUGCACCAAUGCAGUUAGCAUAAUCUUGAGCCCACCCAAGGCUCUGAACUGGACUCAGCUAGUUUAAGAAUGCUGUGCUAUGUUAUUUUACCUUCUAAGGUAAGUUACAAAACACAGAUAAGCUAUAGCAAGGUUACAAAUAAAUAUUAAGACUCAUUGUAGAGUAAUAAGCAUGUCAGGUAAGUGUCGGUAAACACUACAUAGACUAAGCUUUGAUAGGACAAACAUAACUGCAAAUAAAAGACCAAUACUAUAGGUAUUCCAGUGUAGCCUACAUCAUCUUUCUUGAAAAUUAUGUAUCUGUUCCCAAGUGCAUUCUCACAAAGCACUAUCACUGUGUUUUAAUGGUAAUAUUUAUAAAAGCUUAAAUCUUUAUUUACUUAUGAUAUUGGUGACAUUUUCAAUCCAAACACUUCAGUGGUAUAAUAUGCUCAAAUAAAGCAGUAAUUUAGUUUGUAACCUAGGAAUUACGGUUUCAUUUUGAAAAAGUGUCAGAAGGAACACUCCAAAUGUGAGACCAGUGUACACUUGAGCUCUGGAACUGCUGGACCAACCUUCUAGUACAUCAUUUGUCCUUUUGUCUGCUCUGGCUUUUCUAAAGAAGUUGAGUCACACCCAGGCUUUCUAAAUGUAUUUCUGUGCUAUGUCUAAUAACUAUAUACAUGAUUUCAUUUUUAGAAUUCGAUUACAGAAUUUGUCAAAUUUUCAGAAUUUCUUUAAUUAUUUUGUAAUUUAUUACAUAAUCCACU